CUCGCCAGCCAACUCUUUAAUGUCGAAUGAAACCCGAAAAUGGGAUACACUAAGAGAUCCAAGGCAGCUAUGCCUCGCUCUAGGCCUGACGGUAAAUGCAAGAAGCACCCAAAACACACGCAGUCUCCUGGGGUUUGCUCCAUUUGUUUAACUGAAAAACUCUCUCAGCUUUCAACUUCCUGCAGCUCACAUACUACCUCUUCUUCCACUGUAAUGGAUUCCGUUUCUUCUUCUUCUUCAUUGUCUUCGUAUUCCUCUUCCUCUUGUUCUUCUUCAUCGUCACCAAUGCAUCGUUAUUAUCGAUAUGGAAGGGAUCAGGGGAAGAGAUCUUUAUCUUUCUUGGUGAAUGGCAAGAAUGUGCUCACUAAGAGUAGAUCGUUGAUCUUUGUUACAAGAACCAGAGGCAAUAAAGACAAGGUCAGUGACGAUAAGAAGAAAGCUGGGAUUUUGUCCAAGUUGCUACGUCCAAAAAAUAAAAGGAUAGAGGAAAGUUUAGUUUAUCACUAAGGUUAAGUGAUUGAUGCAGUUUCCUGAAUUUUUUUUCCUACCUUUUCUUCUCCACUUUUAUUAGAUUAGAUAUUAGUUGUUAGAUUUGUACACAACAAAAAAGAAAAUAAAAAAGAUAGAAGAAAUGAGUGUAUGAAUCUAUAUAUACCAUACAAAAGCAGAAAGAUGGAGAAUUUAUUGCACAUUCAUGUGUUAAUCUUGGAUAUGGAGAAAACUUCCAGUUCCUGUAAUUGAGUAGUUCUAUUUGAAAGUAAUGAUAUUUUUUGGAUUAAUUA